ACCGUAAAGCGUAAUUUCACAAACUAAUCAGCAUUUGUUUUUGGCGUGUAAACAUUGCACUUCCGGUUUAGCGCUAGCUUACUGUGGACGUCUUGACACAACUGUUUAUACUUAUGGCUUCGUGGCUCAUUGAAUCUGUCGGCUAACGGUUAUUUCUCUUAUGUCUCUUACGSUUCGUUAUUGGAACAUGUCGCGAUUAUUAGCGGCACUUGUAGCCGCGCUGCUGCUUAGUUUGGAGRCGUCUGGGAAAACGGUGGUGGGUCGUUUUAAGAGCGAAGAGGCGAGGCUGGGAAAUGGCCAGUUCAUCAGUAAAUUCAUGUUCCAAGGUGCUAAGGGCCUGUUGGUGUGUCGUCUGGAUGACCCAGCCCUGGCUGCAGAGAAGGAGUCCAGACUGCUGCUGUAUCAKGACAUGAACCCAGACCUGGACAACCUGAGCUGCUCCCAGAGGCUCAGCAAAGCCCACUUGACCAUUCCUCUCAGCCUGGAAGAACACAACCAGAYGAUCCCCAGUCAGUUCUCCCCCACMGUCUGGCAGGUCCUGUAUGCUGACAGAUACACGUGUCAGGACAGCUCAGCCACUCUGUCUCCCUCAGAYCUCAGCUUCACCCUCCUGCUGUUUAACGCUGACUCUGCUGGGAAUCCUCUGGAUCAUUUCAGUGCAGAGGAGGCAGGGCUGCACAGCUUCUACUUCCUCCUGCUGCUGGCCUACUUCAUCGCCUGCUGCAUCUACGUCCAGCCUCUGUACCAGGCUCUGAGGAAAGGCGGACCCAUGCUCACCGUCCUCAGAGUGCUAACWACCGCGCUGGCUCUGCAGGGCUUCUCCGCCCUCUGCAACUACAUCCACCUGGCCAGGUACUCCAGAGACGGUGCUGGUUUUCCCCUGAUGGGCAGCCUGGCAGAGUUCUGGGAUAUGGUGUCCCAGGUGUCCAUGCUGUACAUGUUACUGAGUCUGUGCAUGGGCUGGACUCUGAGUCGGGGCAGGAAGCCUCAGUCCAGACCUCUGCAGUGGGAGCAGUCUCCAGCCUCGACAGCCGUCGCUGUGGGUGGAGUCAUCACACAGGGGGUGCUGCUGCUGUGGGAGCAGUAUUCAGAGUCGGACGGUGAACACCACAGCUACCACGCCCAGCAGAGUCUGGCAGGUGUCCUCCUCAUAGCUCUGAGAGUGGGCCUGGCCCUGCUGCUGGCAUCCAUCCUCUACCAGAUCAUCUCCACAGAGAGGAGCACCCUGAAGAGAGACUUUUACUUCAGCUUCGCCAAGGGCUGCUUCCUGUGGUUCCUCUGUCAUCCUGUCCUCGUCCUCAUGUCUGCAGUCUUCAACGACUACCAGAGAGAAAAGGUGGUGACCAUCGGUGUGAUCCUCUGCCAGUCUAUCUCCAUGGUGAUCCUCUACCAGCUCUUCUUGUCUCGCUCCCUCUACUGGGAGGUGUCGUCCCUGUCCUCCGUGUCUCUGCCRCUCACCAUGUCCAGAACUAACCACAGGGGGCGGUACUGAGCAYACCUGAGGUCACCGUCAGGAGGAGCCAAGUAGCUCCUCCCCCCGCUGCACCUCCCUCUGUGUCAGAGGGASAACGUGAGUCGCGUGUCCUCCUGGGCUGCGAGACGUUUCCUGGSAGAGCAGCUGUCGUCACGCUAACCAGGUUACCAAGAGAGCCUCGGCUAGGGACCAAUCAGAGAUCAAAAUGCACCGCAGUGCACAACCUCUGAUUCUUAACUGGUCUCUGUCAGCACAGGACUGUUUUUAUUUUACUUUUUUUUAGGGGCGGGUCUCUUCAUAUCCAAAGAAAGAUGCUCGACCUUCAGCUGAUGAGGUCAGCAUCAGGAGGGAUUAUUUAUUCCUGGCAACAAAUGAACAUGUAACAAUAAAACAACCUAAAACCAUCAAACAGGAGCAGGGACGGGUUAGAUCUCUGUUACAGGAGUCGUCCGUUCGUACAAAAUGCUUUUGUGUUGAACGUUUGAAGAGAGGCUUGGCUAGAUGGAACAAGAUCAGAACUAAUAAUGUGUCGCUGUAUCUGGGCACUAGUUUGAGCUGUGGAUGAAUACACCUUUAGAUUCACAGCUUCAGAGAGCACAAGGUUACAGAUGAUGCAGCUGUUAGGUUUUMUUAAAGGACACCAGUGAAGCUUUGUGUUAAAGAGGCAGGGUUCGUUUGAUUUGUUCUGAUGGUGGUUAAUCACAGAUGUGUUAGAACUGAAACAUUAACAGCAUGAAAUAGUAAAAAAUGGAUGCAGCACGUAUCCGCAUGGGAAUAUAAACUGGUUUACUUGUUUGUUUUUUUGCACAGUUUUUUUAUGAUGUAACCAAGCUGUAGCCUUUUUUUUUUCCUCUUCACUGUGAGCAGACACAUAUAGUCCAGCAGCAUGUAAGACCCCAACAUUUUAAYCUGGAGCUGCAGAACUCUGCGUGACCUGAACUAAUGCUAAGAGCUGAUAUGAAAGAACCAAAGUUCACUAAAAAUCUUCUUCACUUUAGUUUCACUUUGUAGAUACAUUCCAGUUCCACGUGUUUCAUUUGAGGCUGACAUUUACAACCCCAGUUCUGACAGUCAUUGUGUAAAAUGCAAAUCAAAACCCAUAUUUUUUAUUCUCAUUUGAACACAUAUCAAGCGUUUAAACAAAGAAAUUGUAUUAUUGUUAGGAAUGAGUAAGAUCAAUUUUAAUUUAGUCUAAAAAAUAAAAUACAAAAUGAGACAGAGCCAACAAAACAGCUGAAGGAGCAUUUUUACCACCAAUAACUGGUCAGUGAGAGCUCUGGUAUCAAAAUAGUAUUUUUGUAUUAAAGACGGGCAGACGUUUAUCAGUCUGAGAACUAAAAACAAUAAAACAAACUUCACAAUAAUCGAACGUCCCAUCAGCUACAGUUCACAAUAUCAUCAAAAGAAAUUAAGAGUCUGCAGUUUAUGAUGAUACAAUUUAUUUAUGAGAUUUACAAACAUUCUGUUUUUUUAUUUAUAUUCUACAGAACGGCCAAACCUGUUUAGAGCUGGGGUUGWAAUUAUAGAAAUAUUAAUCAACUGACAGCUUUGGCAUUAAUUCAACCGAUUCACAAAUUAUUAUUAAAGGAAUGAUAUAAAAGUCAGUGUUUGCUUUUCAGUUUUAUUCUGCUGCUUUCAGUUCGUUUAAGCCGUUCAGAUUUUAUAUUUGUAACUCUGUGUCAGCUACGUUCUAAUUAUAGUUAUUUUUGGAGAGAAACAUCAGAAAGCAGUAAAAUAAUCUAUUAAGGUUGUUUAAAUGAGUUUCUUGUAAACAAACAACUCUAAUGAUAUUUAGUCAGUGUUUAUCUUGUUUACAUCCAUACAGUUGACUCCUACUGUUGUUAUUUUACACUACUUGAAAUAUUCUAAAAGAGCACCUAAUAAACUGAGCUGGUUUAUAAGAUUAUACUUGAAGCCUCUGAGAGCUGCUUGUUUACCUCAAACAGCUGGAACGAUGCAUGUGUCAAUCAUUAAAGGAUGUUUGACAAUCUCACAGUAACUGUUUAAAUACUCCCCCGGUGGUUGUACAUUUAUAUUCAUGUUUUAUUAUAUUUCCACAGUGGCCUGUUGAAAUAUGAAACUUGUGAUCAUGCCAACUGUAAUAAAAUUUGUUUUAAAGAAACAAA